UUUUAUUCAGGGAGAGAUUGGAUUCUAGCACAGCCUCCAGUCAGCUGCGGUUCUUGAGAUAAAAAAAAAAAAAACACCCACAUCAUGUGUGGAAAGUUGAGUGUAUGUAUACAACAUGAAAAAAUAAAUUUAGUUGUAUUUCAACCGGCAACGAUAGCUAUUCAACAAUGUCACGUAAUAAAAUAAUAUUAAAAUAUUUCAUAUUAUCAAUUAAUAUUAAAUAUAUAUUUUCUACACAAAUAAAAAAUCAUAUAAACAAUACAGCUAUAAAUAAUAUUGAUGAACAAAAUAGCAAUGUGAUGUUGGAAGAUAAAAAAAUUGAUCGUGAUUUUUCAUAUUACGAUGACAUGAUAUUGUCAGAUAUUUAUACGCAGUCAGUUGAUGCAUAUUUAGAUGAUAAUUGGCAAAAAUGUAUUGAUGGAUUUGAACAAGUUAUUAAAAGAUAUAAAAAAUAUAGAAAUGCUGUUAUUCAAUGUCGUAAAAAAUGCAAAAAAAAUGUUGAUAAAUUUACACCAAUAUUUAUUGAUAACAUUGAUGAUUUUCAUUUUUAUGAAAAAAAAGUACGUGAGACAUUGUGUUUAUUAAAAUGUAAUCAAGAUUAUAGAGAUAUUGCUGGUUUAAAUUCAUUAAAACGUUUACCAUAUGAAAUUGAAAAAAAAAUUAUGGAAUUUGUGCCUUAUGAACAUCUUCAUAUUUGCUAUUAUCAGAAAAAUCAAUUUCAAGAUGCAGCAAAUGCAAUUUUUACAUAUUUAACAAUUCAUCCAAAGCAUGAAAUGAGUAUAUCAAAUCUUCGUUAUUAUCUAACACUUCCAGAAGUUGAAGAAGCAAAAGUUAAAAAUUUAGAAAUUCAAAAAUUUGUUAAAUAUUAUAUGGAAGGUGUUAAAGCAUAUGAAGAUGAGCUCUAUGAGUUGGCAAUUGAAAAUUUUGAAAAAUCAUUAAUUAUUUAUAUGGAUUCUGAAAAUGAUUGUAGAAUAUAUUGUGAAGGACCAUUUGAUCAAGGCUGGCAUCCAGAAUUUACCUCAUCAGUUGCAAAUCAUUUUGCAUAUUGUUUAAAAUGCAAAAGAAGCUGUUCUUUAUGGCUGAAUAAUAUUAAUGGAGAUUAUCAAAAAGAUUUAUUAUCAAGUCACUACAAUUACCUGCAAUUUGCUUAUUAUAAAUUGGGUGAUAUAAAAAAUACAUGUCAAGCUGUUGAAAGUUACUUGUUGUUUUAUCCAGCUGAUGAAACAAUGAUUAAUAAUAAAAUGUUUUAUUCAAAAUUACCAAAAGUACAGAAAAAUUUAAAUUUUUUUAGACCACGUGAGGAAGCUGUUUAUUAUGUCAAACGUCAAGAGUAUGAGCUAAGACUUCUUAAAUAUAUUUCCGAUGAAUUUUCAUUAAUUGAUGCAAAAUUAUCAACAUCAAAAAAUAAAUCCGAUAAAAAAUCUAUAAAUAAUGAAAAAAAGGCAGUCAAUCAUCCACCACCUGGUCAUUCACCAUCAUCUCGACUUGUUGCUGCAACAGAUAAAUUUCUAGAGAAAAAAAAAAUUUCAAGACGGCAAUUCGAAAUUGAAAAACGAUUGAAUAAAACAAAAAUUAUUGCCAGAGAAAAUGAGCUUGGUGGAAAAUCAAGAUAUUUAGCUGAAGGAUUUUUAAUUGAUUCAGAGUGUGAUUCACUUGUUCAAUUAGCCAAGAUUGCUGCUGUUAAAGGUGAUGGCUAUGAAGACAAUAAAAGUCCUCAUUCAAAAAAUGAACUGUUUGAAGGUUUAACAUUAGGUCGUGCAGCACUGAUGGUUUAUUUUGGUCUAUUGGAGCCAAAAAAAUUACAACUAUUUCUUCAUUCAACUGAGACUGCUAGAGGUCAUGUAAAAAAAUUUUUUAAUCUUGAUCAAGAACUUUUCUUCACCUACACUCACUUGGUUUGCCGUUCAGCUUUGACUGAUUUAUCAGAGAGAGAUGAAGAUGUAUAUAGCCACGAUAUUCAUGCAGAUAAUUGUUUGGCAAUUGAUGAUAAUACUUGCUUACACGAGAGUCCAGCUUAUACAUGGCGUGAUUAUUCAGCAAUUAUUUAUCUGAAUGAUGAUUUUGAUGGUGGUGAAUUUGUAUUUUCAGCUGAUCCAAAAGCUCAAAAUAUUCAAAGUAUAAUUAAACCAAAAUGUGGAAGAAUGAUUGGCUUUACAGCUGAUGAAAAAAAUCUUCAUGGUGUUAAAGGCGUUGUAAAAGGAAAAAGAUGUGCAUUAGCAAUAUGGUUUACAUUGAACGAAAAAUAUUAUGAAACUGAAAGAAAACUUGCUGAAAUAAUUCUUGAAAGGGUCAUGUUAAAAGGACCAUUUAAGCCAAUUAAAAAUUUUAAAAUACCAUUAAAUUAUGAAAAAUUAUUAUUCAGUCGAUUUAAAGAAGAUGAAAUUUUAAAAUUAUUAAUCAACCUUUCAUAAAAACAUUUAUCAAUUAUUUCUUUUUAAUUUUCAAAUAUUUUUUUAUCAUUAUUUUUCUUUUCAAGUGCAGGACACUGAAAAUAAUCUACCUCAAAAGGUUGCUUGUAUAAUUUGUUUUUUAAAAAAAGUAUUUUUUCUUUUUAAAAAAA